UCUACCCGAGAAAAGGAUCCGUUAUCCGUCCCAUCCUUGUACAUAUUUAAAACUCAUAACGGCUAGAAUUUCAAUCUUUUUUUUUUUAAUUCACGUUUCUUUACACGAAACCCCCCCUUGCUACCUUUUUCCACUCUCCCCGUCGGCCUUCGAAUUCCGUCUAUACAAAUUAAUUAUCAUUAAUCUUUGUCGGAUUGGAUUAAUCUCUUCGGGCGAAGUGGAAGAUAAAUGACAGAAUCGACGGCCACAAGUGCAGCCGAUCCAUCGGCGGAAGUUGGAGUUCCGCCGCUACCCCAACGGCGGCCGAGGGUGCGGGAAGUCAGUUCACGAUUCAUGUCACCUUUGGUUCAAUCCAGCGCAACCCCAACUCCCACGCCUUCUGAAAAUCCGCGAUCCAAAUCCGUCCACCGCAGGCAAUCAUCACGCGACGAGAAUCAAGUACCGGAAACCACACGUAGCUUAGAUACCCUGCUCAUUCCACCCCACACUGUUUCCCAAAAUAAAUCGUUAGGAACAAAUAGUGUAUCUACUGUUCAAAAGAAACAGCAGCAACAGCGGUUGAGGCAUUUUAAGGAAAUUGGGGAACAAAAUCAACAGCAGCAGGCGGCUUCGGGUGUUAAGAUUUCUUCGAGGCCGGACACGCCGAUUGCCAUUGGAACCGAUCGGAUUGUCCCAUCGAGGUAUAGGCAUACUCCGCAUAGUGUAAGUCGUGGCAAUCAGAUGAAUAGUAGUAAUGGAUGCUCGGCUGUUACGGCUGCCACAAGGCUAUUGCAAGAAGCAACUUCUGGUAACAACAAUUACAGAGAAACCGUGGACAAAAAGCUUUCUAGAAUUUCGACAUCUAGAUAUGAUGACUCGGAUUCUUGCAGUGCUGCUAGUAGUCAGGGUAGUUCUUCGUGCCCCAAUUCUCCUCUGUUUUUGCAGACUACCAAGUCCCGGAAUCUUCCUGAGACGCGCUCUUCUGUGCCAGAUGUGGAUAAAUGGCUUGCUGAGAGGAGUUCUUGCAAUGCUGGUAAAGUCUCUAGUGAUUGCGCUCGUUCAUUGAAUUUUUCGUCUUCUGUAAAGAUGGCCGGAAAUCUCUGCCUGCCUCCACACCCAUCGUCAUGUGUGAGACUGGGAGUUGACGCGAGGAAAGGAAGGAAGGUCUUUAAUCAUCAAGAAGAUGUACAUUGUCUAAAGAUGCUUUGCAACCAUUAUCUGCAGUGGCGAUUUGUGAAUGCAAAAGCAGAGGCUACUGUUAAUGCUCAAAAAAGGGAAGCUGAGAUAAAACUUUACUCUCUUGGAAGUAAGAUAUCCAGUUUACGUGAUGAUGCGAAAAAGAAGCGCAGUGAACUUGGGAUACUGCAAGGAAUUAAGACUUUAUCCAUGAUUGUUGAAGCUCAAAUGCCAUAUCUGGAUGCGUGGUCUGCUUUGGAAGAGGAUUACUCAAUUUCUUUAUCAGGCAUAUCAGAUGCUUUGCUCAAUUCCUCACUAAGAGUUCCAGUCAGUGGGGAAGUCCAGGUUGAAGUGAAAGACUUACAAGAGGCUUUUAACUCAGCUGUAAAGGUGAUGGAACUGAUAGGUUCCCAUGUCCAGAGAUUUAUGCCAAAGGCUGAAGAAGUGGAUACCUCAAUUUCUGAACUAGCUCGGGUUGUCAGUGGAGAAAGAGCCCUUAUUGAGGAAUGUGGGGACUUAUUAUCCAAGGAAUAUACAGCACAGGUGAAAGAGUGCAGCCUAAGGGGUGCUUUGAUCCAAUUACACGGGAGUAAUAAUAGUCAAGCGCAGCAAGAGUGAAACAUAGAGGAAUUUAAUCCACUCAUUGAACUCUUAGCAUCAAGAGUUCCUAAUUGAGUUUCUUCUUUUUAUUUUUCUACUUGAAACUUUUUCUUUUAGUAAUGGAAGAAGUAAAUGAUUUUCUUUUUCCAGUUAUCCUACCAUGGCUUUCGGGUUUCUCUUGAUUCUGCACAAAUUCUGCUAGCAAAGUAAUUAAGAAAGAAAUUUGCAGAUAUUUUAUUAGAAUUUGUGACAAAUGGGGGACGAAAACUAGGGAAAUUUAUAGGUAUGGCUGAAUUAUAGACCUCAAAUAUUAGCAAUCCAUUAACAAUAUUUGUACUAGGAUUGACGGAGCAAGUUUAAACAAAUUUUUACAUUGGAAAUGACUAACAUGUACAUUUUAAAACUGUAACCUUUCUCCUCUACGGGAGUUGGAAAUGACUAACAUGUACAUUUUGAAAUCCUAUCCUUCAUGUUGGAGGAUAUGAAUCCUAAGUGUGAAAGAAUGUAAUGGGCCCUUUAAUUUGGACAUUGAGGAGGACAACUCACUGAGGUUUUCGUCUAGUUUAAGGCAUGUAAACAGAACCUCACAAGUCAAUUUGAAAUGACCUCUUAGGUUGUUAUCCGUAUAGCAGAAGAGAAUCUAUCUAUAUCUUAACCAACGAAUAUUUUUCUUGGUGAAAUAAACGAUGAGGGUCCCUAAUUUGGAUUAAUGGAGGACAAAUCACUUUAAUCCACUAGUUGUCAUUGAGGUCUGUAAGGAGAACCUCACGAAUCAAUUUGAAACUUUAUGGACAACAUAGAGGUUAAUCAUGCUGCACUCUUAUCUUAUCGACAACAUA